AUGAGGAAAGUUGUCUGGUGGGAUUCAAAGAAGUCCUCCGUCGGGUGCGAGAAUGGGAUUGAGGCCCAAUUCGGCUACCGCAUCCGAUGCAAGCACCUCCGGAAGCUCCACAAGGCUGCCAGUGAAGGGGACGUAGCCAGGGUCCAGCACCUCUUCUUGCUGAAGAAAAGCAGCACGAAUGACCGCGACAGGAAGAACAGGACUGCCCUGCAUUUGGCAUGCGCCAAUGGUCAUUCAGAAGUGGUGAUGCUCCUUCUUGAAAGAAAAUGCAUGAUCAAUGUCACUGACAAUAACAGCAUGACACCUCUGAUGAAGGCUGUUCAGAGCCAUGAAGAAAAAUGUGCACGAAUUCUACUCGAUCACGGGGCUGAUCCAAAUGUUAUAGAUGAGAAUGGCAACACAGCCCUCCACUAUGCAGCCUACUGUGAGAAUGUUGCAAUAGCAAAACAAUUACUCUUACGAAGUGCCGAUAUUGAAGUGAGGAACAAGGAUGGCUUCACACCACUAUUACUUGCAAUAUCUGAAAAUGGUGAGGAGAUAGCAGAAUUUUUGAUUAAGAAAGGAGCCAAUAUUCAUGCUGUUGAUAAGAUUAAACGGACGGCUCUCAUGCUGGCCGCACAAUAUAGAUCUACUAAGAUAGUAAGGCUUCUUCUAGAAAAAGGAAUUGAUGCCUCUUACUUAGACAUGUAUGGAUGGCCUGCAAAGAAGUUUGCUCGUGUUACAUUCAAUCUAGCUAAUCUCCAGCUAAUUCUGGAUUAUGAAGAUGAACACAGAUACAAAAUGCUUGAAAAGAAUAAUCUAGGCUGUACAGUGUCGCGCUGAGAACUGCGCUACACUGUUAUUGGAUCACGGUGCUGAUCCAAAUAUUGCAGAUGGAAUUGGCAACACUGCUCUCCACUAUGUGGCCUACGGAGGAAACGUAAGAAUGGCCGAAAAGCUGCUUUCCAGCAAUGCAGAUAUCGAAAAGAAAACAAGAGAUGUCCCACUACACACGUAAGACACACAUCUAAGCGCGACAACAGUGGGCCUGUAGGCCAUGUUCCUGAUGGAGUCCCUGACUGCCUGUUCCCCACGACUACCUUGUUCAUCAGGAAACAGCCAGAA